AGAGAGAUUUGUUCUGGUAUUGUUUUGAUCCUCGGUCAAAAGAACACGCAAAGCAAACCCAGUCACCCCCAACAAACACGAGACAAGCCGUGUGCAAACAAUAGUCGGUGUGAACCCCCAAACCCUAAUCGCCACCACCUCCAAUCCUUCGUUUCUAUGACCGAGUGCUGUUGGGGUCAGCAUGCGCUAGCUUCGUCGUCGAUUUUUUGGUUGGUGAUUCUCGUGAUUCUUUUCGGGCAGAAUUUUUGGGUUUGACGGCAUGGAUUUGGUACCGAGCGUCAAGGAAAAAUUAAACUAUUUUCGUAUAAAAGAGCUCAAAGAUGUGCUCACUCAGUUACACCUUUCAAAGCAGGGAAAGAAGCAGGAUCUUGUUGAUCGCAUAUUAUCUGUUCUCUCAGAUGAACAAGUUUCAAAAAUCUGGGCUAAGAAGAAUGCUGGUGGUGGAAAAGAACAGGUAGCAAAAUUAGUGGAUGAUACAUAUAGGUCAGUCUUAGCAACAACACUCUUGAUAAUAUUUUCCUCUAGCUUUUGUAUGCUUCAGAUGCAUGCAGUGACGUAACAUACUUGGCUGAGUUCACAUAAAUGAUCUGGUACCUUACUAUUAGGAAAAUGCAGAUAUCAGGGGCCACUGAUCUAGCUUCUAAGGGACAGGGUGCAUCAGAUAGCAGUAGUGUAAAGGUUAAAAGUGAAUUUGAUGAUGCCUUUCAACCAGAUGUGAAGAUUCGCUGUCUAUGUGGAAGUAGAUUGGAAACAGAGAAUUUGGUCAAGUGUGAUGAUGCAAGAUGCCAUGUGUGGCAACACAUCAGUUGCGUUAUUAUUCCAGAGAAACCUACUGAAGGCAUCCCACUAGUUCCUGAUAAAUUUUAUUGUGAACUCUGUCGUCUCACUCGUGCAGAUCCAUUUUGGGUUUCAGUGGCGCACCCUUUGCAUCCUGUGAAGUUGACCACAACCAGUAAUCCAACUGAUGGAAACAACCCAGUGCAGAGUGUGGAGAGAACAUUUCAACUGACUAGAGCUGACAAGGACUUGGUAUCAAAACCAGAAUUUGAUGUUGAGGCUUGGUGUAUGCUCCUGAACGACAAGGUUCCAUUCAGGAUGCAAUGGCCACAGUAUACAGACCUGCAGGUCAAUGGUGUUCCUGUUCGUGCAACUAACAGACCUGGUUCACAGUUGCUUGGGGCUAAUGGUCGGGAUGACGGUCCAAUUAUCACGCCAUAUACAAAAGAUGGAAUUAAUAAGAUUUCCUUAACAGGAUGUGAUGCUCGCAUUUUUUGUUUAGGGGUUCGUAUUGUUAAAAGGCGCAGUAUGCAGCAGAUCCUAAACUCAAUCCCAAAGGAGUCUGAUGGCGAGAAAUUUGAAGACGCCCUUGCACGUGUCUGCCGUUGUGUUGGGGGUGGAAAUGCAGUUGAUGAUGCUGAUAGUGACAGUGAUUUGGAAGUGGUUUCAGAUACUUUCACUGUCAACCUUCGUUGUCCUAUGAGUGGUUCAAGAAUGAAGAUUGCUGGAAGAUUUAAACCCUGUAUUCACAUGGGUUGCUUUGAUCUUGAAGUGUUUGUGGAAAUGAACCAACGAUCAAGGAAGUGGCAAUGUCCUAUAUGUCUCAAAAACUAUGCGUUGGAGAAUAUCAUCAUUGACCCUUAUUUCAAUCGCAUCACUUCUAUGAUGAUGAAUUGUGGUGAAGAAAUUGCAGAGAUUGAGGUGAAGCCUGAUGGUUCUUGGCGUGUUAAGGUAAAGAGUGAAAGUGAACGCCUGGAAUUAGGGAAUCUAGCACAGUGGCGCCUUCCUGAUGGAACCCUCUGUGUGUCAACUGCUGGAGAUGUCAAGAGAGUGGAUACAUUGAAGCAGGUUAAACAGGAAGGUGUUUCAGACUGUCCGGCUGGUUUAAAACUUGGCAUAAGGAAGAAUCGCAAUGGAGUUUGGGAAGUCAGUAAACCUGAGGGCACAAACACCUCUUCUGGUAAUAAAUUGAAAGGGGCUUUUGGAAAUCCCGAACAGGUUGUUAUUCCAAUGAGCAGCAGUGCCACUGGAAGUGGUCGGGAUGGUGACGACCCUAGUGUAAAUCAGGGUGGUGGUGGGCAUAUUGACCAUUCCACUACAAAUGGGAUUGAGAUGGAUUCUUUGUGUCUCAAUAAUGUUGAUUUAGCAUAUGAAUAUAAUGAACCCAACACUUCUGCUCAGGUGGGUGGUGCAGAAGUUAUUGUUCUUAGUGAUUCUGAAGAAGACAAUGAUUUGUUGGUAUCUCCUGCAAUUGCUUAUAAGAACAACAGAAAUGAUGCUACAGAUGGUUACUCUGUACCACCACCUGUAAUUGUUGAUUCAUAUACUGAAGAGCAUAAUCUUGGUGGAAAUUCAUGCUUAGGACUCUUUCCUAAUGAUGAUGAAUUUGGGAUGUCUUCCCUGUGGUCAUUGCCUUCUGGAAGUCAGGCUGGUCCUGGAUUCCAGUUAUUUGGUUCUGAUGCGGAUGUGUCUGAUGCGUUGGUCCAUCUGCAGCAUGGUCCUAUGAAUUGCUCCUCGUCACUAAAUGGUUAUGCAUUGGCUCCCAAUACUGCUUUGGGAUCUGGUAGUAUCUUGCAAGAGUCCUCUGCUGGUCGGUCAGAUGCUGAUUUGAAUGGUGGUUUGGUGGACAAUCCUUUGGCCUUUGGUGGAGAUGAUCCCUCACUUCAGAUUUUUCUCCCCACAAGACCAGCAGAUUCAUCCAUGCACAAUGAAUUGAGAGAUCAAGCAAGUGUGGCUAAUGGUGUCUGCACUGAGGAGGAUUGGAUAUCCCUCAGUCUUGGAGGUGGGACUGGUGGUAACAAUGGUGAUGCUUCCACUCAAAAUGGGUUGAAUUCUAGACAUCAAAUCCCAACCAGAGAAGGUGCCACGAAUACUUUGGAUGAUACUGCUUCUUUACUCCUUGGGAUGAAUGAUGUUAGAUCUGACAGGGCAAGAAGGCAAAGAUCAGAUAGCCCUUUCUCCUUUCCUCGCCAAAAACGUUCAGUAAGGCCCCGCUUGUACCUUUCCAUUGAUUCAGAUUCAGAGUAAAGGUCAUACCUUGUGUCUCAAGAAUUUUAGGUACUCUUAACACCAGAUUUCGAAUUUAGAAAAAUUGAAGAAAGUUGAGAGGCAUUUUUGGUCCUCAUGAAAUGGCAAUUAAUACAUAAUGAUAAUGGGUCUGAGGCAUCUCUGGUGGAACAGAGCUACAAAUUACCCUGUGCCAAAAUGCUUGCACCCACCCCCAUUGGCAAAGAUGUUGUGGCCGUAAUGAUUCUUUAUGCUUGAUAUCUAAAUUGUCCUUGUGGCAGAUGUUGAUAGAUCAAGCUCGAGCUAUUAUUCCCGUCAAUUUUUUAUGAGGGUGUAUGCCGGGGUUAUAGUGCUGGUUUAUUGUAUAGUUAAUCAUUCAAAUCUGGUAGUUCAAACUUUCAAAAAAGUUGGGUGGAACAUUAUAUCUGCAUUUUUGUCUCUGCUAAGAGCAAUAACCUGUAAAUGUUUAGCCAUAUCAGAUCCAACAGUGAAAUCAAAGAUAUUGUUUCUGGUCAUUUUUCUAGAAUACUCUGUUGUGUCAGUAUCAUGCCUCAUGAUUGGCCAAGAAUGAUAAACGCCUAUUUCAUGACACCUGGACGUUGAUAUUUGUUUAACAUGUGUAGGCAUCUGUGAUGCCUCCCCGUAAGGAUCUAUAUUUGAUUUCA